AUGACACUAAUACUUAGUUUACCGGGAAAGUCAGUGUAUAUCGUGUACACAGUGCUGGGUGAUGUUAGUAUAUUUGUCGUUGGCAAGGAUGAGUAUGAUGAACUUGCCUUAUCGGAAGCUAUAUUUGUUAUAACCUCAGCCCUGAAGGAUGUUUGCGGAAAGCCUCCAACUGAACGCCUAUUCCUUGACAAAUAUGGGAAAAUAUGUUUGUGCUUGGAUGAAAUUGUUUGGAAGGGUCUUCUGGAGAACACCGACAAAGAUAGAAUCAAGAGGCUUAUACGGUUAAAACCACCCACCGAGUUCUAA